UAUAAAAUAUGAUGUGUCAAUACCCGACUAUUCGGAAGGCCAAUUAUUUAAAUUAAAUCUAACUAAUACAUGACCCAUGAUGGGCAGAGUCAUUCUAGCUUUGAACAAAUAUUUAAAACAAGCUUAUACUCGAAUUCAAAAGUAUUCAGAUGAAUGUCCUUCUUGCCCUCCGCCACAAAGGGCCUAUCCAUGUUGCUCUCCGCUUCCAAUGUAUUAUUGCAAGCCUAGAACAAAGUAUGACGUAAAUUUUAUAUAUAUAAAUGAUAAGCCGCCAAGUACAGCUAUGGGUGAUUUUGUAGAUAGAAUCGCUCAAACUGUGUUUUGGACUGAAUUAGCUAGAGGCUUUGCUGUAACCAUUGCCCAUAUAUUUAAAGAACCUGCAACCAUAAACUAUCCAUUCGAGAAAGGUCCACUGUCUCCUCGAUUCCGAGGUGAACAUGCAUUGCGAAGGUAUCCGUCCGGAGAAGAAAGGUGUAUUGCUUGUAAACUAUGUGAAGCCUAUUGUCCCGCGCAAGCGAUAACAAUAGACGCUGAAGAAAGGAACGAUGGUUCUCGUAGAGCAAUACGUUAUGAUAUUGACCUAACCAAGUGUAUUUUUUGUGGAUACUGUCAGGAAGCUUGCCCAGUAGAUGCUAUUGUCGAAGGCCCUAAUUUUGAAUAUUCAACAGAAACACAUGAGGAACUUAUGUACAAUAAAGAAAAAUUGCUAAGUAAUGGAGACCGUUGGGAACCUGAAAUAGUUAGCAACUUGAGGGACAAUUUCCUAUAUCGUUGAUCAUAUUUAAAAUAUAUUUUAUGGUCAACUGUUUCUUUACUUCUUCUUCACAAUAUUGUAACUGCAUCCUAGUUAGUUAUAUAUUGAAAUAUAUAAUAAUUUCUGGAACUAUUAA